AUUACCUCUGCUCUACCAUCUCCCUAGUGUUCCACAAGCACCACAUCAUCGAUCUGCCCGACCACCACCACCACCACACUCUGCACACUCAUUCAGAGACACAGACACAUCACGCAUUCACGCGCACAUUUCAUUCCAAAUCAGGCGUAGGCAGCCGAGUUUGCCAUGAUGCCACCACCACAGCAGCAGCAGCAGCAGCAUGGGCGGCGCGCGCUCCCCGCGUGGGCAGAGCCAGCGGCGCGCGCGGUGGCCGCCGAGGUGCGCGCGCAGCGCGGCAUCGCGCUCCCUCUCAUCGGCAUGAACCUCACAUGGUUCGCCAAAACGGCCGUCACGACGGCCUUCCUCAGCCGCCUCGGCGAGCUGGAGCUUGCCGCCGGCACGCUCGGCUUCAGCUUCGCCAAUGUCACAGGCUUCGCCGUCCUCACCGGCCUCUGCGGCGCCAUGGAACCCAUCUGCGGCCAGGCGCACGGCGCCAAGAACGUCAGCCUCCUGCGCAGGACGCUGGUCAUGGCCUCCAUCCUGCUCCUCGCCGCCUCCAUCCCCAUCGCCCUCCUCUGGCUGCGCGUCGACGCCGUCCUCCUGCGCUUCGGCCAGCAGCCCGACAUCGCCUCCACCGCCAGGAAGUACGUCGUGUGCCUCCUCCCAGACCUCGCCGUCACCUCCCUCCUGAACCCGCUCAAGGCCUACCUGAGCUCGCAGGAGGUGGCGCUCCCCACGCUCUUUACCACUGCCGUAGCGCUCGCCCUCCACAUCCCGCUCACCAUGUCGCUCUCCGCAAGGAUGGGCAUACAGGGCGUGGCCGCGGCCCUCUGGCUGAGCGACCUGGCCGUGGCGAUCAUGCUUGCCGCCUACGUACUCGCGUACGAACGCCGGCGGAAGGCGGCCAGCAGCGCAAACGACCCGGCAAAGACGUGCGUCUGGCUGAAACAAACGCCGGGCGACUGGCUGGAGCUCCUACGUCUGGCGUUCCCGUGCUGCCUGAACACGUGCCUGGAGUGGUGGUGCUACGAGAUCCUAGUCCUCCUCACCGGCCGCCUCCCCAACGCGCGGCGCAUGGUGGCCGUGAUCGCUGUGACGCUCAACUUCGACUACCUCCUCUUCGCGGGCAUGCUGUCGCUGUCUGUGAGCGCGUCCGUUCGCGUGUCAAACGAGCUCGGCGCAGGGGAUGCGUCCCUGGCGCGCCGGGCCGCCAGGGUGUCUAUCGUGGGCGGCGCGCUGGCCGGCGUCGCGGGCGGCCUUCUGAUGCUGGCGUCGCGGCGACCUUGGGCUCGCAUGUAUACACGCAGCGCGGAGGUGCGGGACGGCGUGGGCAGGGCGAUGAGGGUGAUGGCGCUGCUGGAGGUGGUGAACUUCCCGCUGAACGUGUGCGGCGGCAUCGUGCGGGGCACGGCGCGGCCGUUGGUGGGCAUGUACGCGGUGGUGGGCGGGUUCUACGUUGUGGCGCUGCCGGUGGGCGUGGCGCUGGGGUUCAAGGCACGGCUGGGGCUGGAGGGUCUCCUGGUUGGGUUCCUGGUUGGCGCGGCGGCGAGCCUGGCGGUGCUCGUGACGGUGAUCGUGUGCAUGGACUGGACGGCCGAGGCAGACAAGGCGCGGAGGCGGGCCGGCGGCGCCGAUGAUGAGCCCGCCAAGGAGGUGGCCGCGGAGGCUUGCUGAUGGCAUUGCGUCGUUAGGAUUUUGGCGCGGCGCGCUUUGACUUGACUUGGGUCCCACAAGAGACGACCAGUGAGUCUUGAUUAGUAGUUUACAGAAGACGCACUGUAUAUUCUCUUCUUCUCGAUCAGAAUCUGAUUGGACUGUAGAAUGUUCUCUUUGCAUGCUGAAAAAAUCAUUCUAUGAAUGAAUCGUCCGUACGUAUUC